UAUGGUGAGACUGCAUAUACAAGAAAGCGUAAGGAUGCAGAGCGAAGGGGAGAUGAAGUAUAUGUUGCCAAAGUGUCAAAGGAUAUCAAGUAUGCUGAUAAGCAGCCAAUAGUAUCCUGGGGUCCAAGGUAUUCUAGAUCAGAUGUUAAGGAUAUGCACAUCAGUAUGGCUAUAUCUGCAGUCUUUGAAUUUGGAGAGGACGAAGGUAAGGGACUGCUCAUGGGAAGGCGCAUACUUGGUUCCCUACCAUUGGUUUUCUGUUGUAUAGCUGUUUCAUCCUUGGGCCACACUGGUCUCCUUAACCUCGGCUAGCUUUUACGUGGUGCCAUUCCUUUGUUUCUCUACAAUAACCAGAGAAGAUAAACAGUGUAUGGUUUUUUUUUGCCUAUAAUGGUGUAUCCGAUGUGACUAUGUUCAUGCAUGCUAACCAUAUACAUCUUGAACAUUGAUUCGUACUCAUAAGCGUCAUUAGAUGGCACAUGUUGCAUGCUUGACUUGGUCACGAUAUGUGCAUACAUGGCCUGAUGAUGCCACGUGUCUCAUGAGGCUUACUCUGACGUAAUUGGCUGGAGCUGUUUGUUCCCCUGGCAACAUCAAUUACCCUCUGCAUCAUUGCCUCGUGCCACCGGUGAUCGUGCUAUUGUAACUCAAAAAGAUUUGCCAAGAGUCGUGCAAAGGUUUGUGACUCGAAAAAUAUUUUUCAAGAUUCGUGCAAAGGGCAUCGACGUCGCAUCAGUUCUCUGGGUAAAUCGAAUGAUGGAUACCAAUCCUUGUACAUAUGUUAAAUGUUGGAAGGAUCAACUUCGAUCUCUAAUCACGUCUAUAUCAUUUGUAGUUCAUUUCAAUUUGGGUGGAGGACAAAGUCUAAGAGCGUAAUCAGCGAUGUGGUCUUUAUCCUCUCCGUAAAAUUGCAUGCAGAUAUGGAUCCACUGGCCAUCUCAAGUGUUAAUCGAUCUGACUUAAUUCGGAUCUAAUGUGUUGAAAAACGAGAAUGAAUUGUAAGAAUCCAUCAGCUUAUACAAAAGGUUACUUAUAUAUCUUUAAUUUAAAUUUUUUUAUUAUUUAUUUAGUGACGUUUUUAUGUUAAUCAUGAAAUUAUGAUUGACAUGAGAAAUAUAUUAACUCAAUAUUUAUAUUUAUAGUGUUGGUUGAUAUUAUUAUUAUUAUUAUUAAUUAAUUUAAUAUUUUAGAAUUUUAGUAAUUUUAAAUUAUUUAAUAUGUUUUAAAAAUAUGUUUAAUUAAACAUGAGGUCGCAAUAGUUGUUCAAAUGACACUUAAAAGUCAAAUUGGGUAAUUAAAUCGAUCUCCAUCGAAUCAAGCAAAGAUUGCAUGGUAUUGGCGGCGGAUCUCGUCCUCCGUGUCGGUUAAGAUUCUCGAGAAGAAUUCGAGAACAGAAGCCUGUUCUUCUAUGAUGAAAGGAACGGACAAAGCGCAACCAUAGCACCUUCUCGAGCCGUCGGUGACAGAAGCCUGGGCCAGUCAGAGCUAUGUUAUUGGAGCCCAGGAGAAAAAAAGACAGCAUUCUAAGGCAAUUGUGACAUGGACGGUCAUGAAUCCAACCGACGCUAUGCGAUCUACCAUCGUCAGUGCAGACAUGGGCGACGAUAUAUCCGAUUUCAAGUCCCACACAAGCCGGUACGAAACUGAGGUGACGAGGAUCGAUGGGGAAGGAAGCUGCAACCUCUGUUCUUCGGCCACUAUGGGCAGCCUCAUAUCACCGCAUGCCAAGGUAAAAGAAGAGGGAAAAAGAGAACAAAAAAGGAACUUGCCGCAAUGCUUGUGCAUUGUGUGGUGAGCAACAAGGAUCAUCCUUGGGAACAAUCUCUUGAGUACGCAUGUAGAAAAAUGUGUCAUCUUGUUCAAGGGAGUCGUGCAUCGGAGAACACUACUUUACUGGCACCAUGGAAGUUGGUCAGAUAAAUGCAGCAAUUGCCAUCCUGAGGGAGCAAUCUAAUUCCCAACUAUACCAUGUGUAUGCCAAGUUGGUCGCUUCUUCUCAAGUUCUCUUUAAGACAUGUGGCUCUUAAUUGUGAUGACAGUUCAAUUCUGUGUCAUUUGCCCCCUAUUCUAUGGUUUUAGGACUUCCAAUUUACCCCUAUUCUAUUUCUUUAAAUAAAUCUGCUAGGGAUAACACAGCUAGAUCCUUUCUCUCUUUUCCAUUUUCCUAUUCUGCAAUCCUAACAUUCUCUGCGGUUUAUUGAGUCAUAACCAAGCACCACUUGGUUUUUAAUUAAAUAUUUUUGUCUUGUGAGAUCUAAUCUUUCAAGCAUUCCUAGGGAUAGUGGGUGUUUGUGCUGUGUCAUGUCUGCCAUAAAAAAAAGCUGUUGGUAUGCCACUAAUCCUAUUAUAUCAUUUCUUCUAUCAUCUACUACCUUCCCAUUCUCUUCUUACAUUUUGCAUAUGAUACGCUGCCUGAUUCACGUUGGCAUAGUUAUCUGUGCCUUAUGUUUUGGUUUUAGUCCAAGAUAUGGGUUUCCAUGUGUGUGUAGGUAUAGGAUCUAGGAAAAAGAAACAACGCGACUCAGUUUUGUAUUAGCUUUUUGUUCAAAGAAUUUCAGUUUAAUCUAUUCUCACUUUGUUCUAAGUUUCUUCGAUAAAAUAUAAGAUUCUUGUACUAGCUAAUUUUGAUUUUUUGCUGAACUGCAAAAAUGUUCCUUGCUUCAUAAAUAUAGAUUCCUACUAAAUUGAAAUGCUAUGCAUCUCUGUAAAAGUUAUAUUGUGCCAUA